UAGGGCUGCGGGUAGCGAGCGUGAGGCGAGCCUGGUGCGACUGUAGCGGGAGCCCAGCCGGGACUGUCGCGCGGGCGCCGCCGGCGAUGCCGCGCCCCCGGGCCAGGCUGUAGCGGGGCUGCGGCCGGAGCGCACGCGCCGGGCAGGCGGGCCAUGGAGGUGGUGGACGAGACCGAAGCGCUGCAGCGCUUCUUCGAAGGCCAUGACAUCAGCGGUGCCCUGGAGCCCUCCAAUAUAGACACCAGUAUCCUGGAGGAGUACAUUGGCAAGGAGGACGCCUCUGAUCUCUGUUUCCCUGACAUCUCUGCAUCAGCCAGCACAGCCUCCUUCCCCCACGGGCCACCAGCCAUACCCGGCUCCAGCGGGCUCCACCAUCUGAGCCCCCCUGGGAGUGGACCAUCCCCCGGGCGCCAUGGCCCCCUCCCACCCCCGACCUACGGCACCCCACUCAACUGCAGCAACAACGGCAUGGGCACCGCCCCCAAGCCCUUCCUGGGGGGCUCCGGGCCUCCCAUCAAGGCAGAGCCCAAGCCUCCCUAUGCCCCAGGCACACUGCCAGACUCGCCCCCAGACUCAGGCUCUGAGGCCUACUCCCCUCAGCAGGUGAAUGACCCCCAUCUUCUGCGCACCAUAACCCCGGAGACUCUGUGCCACGUGGGAGUUCCUUCCCGACUGGAGCACCCGCCCCCACCUCCAGCCCACUUGCCAGGCCCCCCCCCACCCCCGCCACCCCCACCUCACUACCCUGUCAUUCAGCGGGACCUCUACAUGAAGGCUGAGGCCCCUGUACCCUCCUAUGCUGCCAUGGGGCCGGGUCUGGUGCCCCCCGAACUCCACCACACCCAGCAGACUCAGGUGCUACACCAGCUGCUGCAGCAGCAUGGAGCUGAGCUCCCUCCACACCCCUCGAAGAAGAGGAAGCACUCCGAAUCACCCCCCAACACCCUCAAUGCCCAAAUGUUGAACGGAAUGAUCAAGCAGGAACCUGGGACUGUAACAGCCCUGCCCCCACACCCCACCAGAGCUCCAUCCCCACCAUGGCCUCCCCAGGGCCCACUCUCACCUGGCACCAGCUCCUUGCCCCUCAGCAUUGCCCGCGUCCAGACUCCACCUUGGCACCCACCAGGUGCACCCUCCCCAGGCCUCCUGCAGGACAGUGAUAGCCUCAGUGGCUCCUACCUGGACCCCAACUACCAGUCCAUCAAGUGGCAGCCGCAUCAGCAGAACAAGUGGGCAACCCUGUAUGACGCCAACUACAAGGAGCUGCCUAUGCUCACCUACCGCGUGGACGCCGACAAGGGCUUCAACUUUUCGGUGGGUGACGAUGCUUUUGUGUGCCAGAAGAAGAACCACUUCCAGGUGACCGUGUACAUCGGCAUGUUGGGUGAGCCCAAGUAUGUUAAGACGCCAGAAGGGCUCAAGCCGCUGGACUGCUUCUACCUGAAGCUGCAUGGAGUGAAGCUAGAGGCCCUGAACCAGUCUAUCAACAUUGAGCAGUCACAGUCAGACAGAAGCAAGAGGCCCUUCAACCCUGUCACGGUCAAUCUUCCCCCUGAGCAGGUCACAAAGGUGACCGUGGGGCGGCUCCAUUUCAGUGAGACCACUGCCAACAACAUGCGAAAGAAGGGCAAGCCCAACCCUGACCAGAGGUAUUUCAUGCUGGUGGUGGCCCUCCAGGCACACGCACAGAACCAGAACUACACACUGGCAGCCCAGAUCUCAGAGCGCAUCAUUGUGCGGGCCUCUAACCCAGGCCAAUUUGAGAGUGACAGUGACGUUCUGUGGCAACGGGCCCAGCUGCCAGACACCGUCUUCCACCAUGGCCGUGUGGGCAUCAACACAGACCGGCCGGAUGAGGCACUGGUUGUGCAUGGCAAUGUCAAGGUCAUGGGAUCUCUCAUGCACCCUUCAGAUCUGCGGGCCAAGGAGCACGUGCAGGAGGUGGACACCACUGAGCAGCUGAAACGGAUCUCGCGGAUGCGGCUGGUGCACUACAGAUAUAAGCCCGAGUUCGCUGCCAGCGCAGGCAUUGAGGCCACCGUACCAGAGACAGGUGUCAUCGCACAGGAAGUGAAGGAGAUCUUGCCUGAGGCUGUGAAGGACACAGGAGAUGUAGUCUUUGCCAACGGGAAAACCAUAGAGAACUUCCUGGUAGUGAACAAGGAGCGAAUCUUCAUGGAGAACGUGGGGGCUGUGAAGGAGCUGUGCAAACUGACAGACAACCUGGAGACUCGCAUUGAUGAGCUGGAGCGCUGGAGCCACAAGCUGGCCAAACUGCGUCGCCUUGACAGCCUCAAGUCAACUGGCAGCUCAGGCGCUUUCAGCCAUGCAGGGAGCCAGUUUAGCCGGGCAGGCAGUGUCCCCCACAAGAAGAGGCCCCCUAAGGUGGCCAGUAAGUCAUCUCCAGUGGUCCCAGACCAGGCCUGCAUCAGUCAGCGCUUCCUGCAGGGAACUAUCAUUGCUCUGGUGGUGGUCAUGGCCUUCAGCGUGGUGUCCAUGUCCACACUGUAUGUGCUGAGCCUGCGCUCCGAAGAGGACCUGGUGGAUGCUGAUGGCUCUCUUGCCGUGUCCACUUCCUGUCUCCUGGCCCUGCUCCGGCCCCAGCAUCCUGGGGGGAGUGAGGCCAUGUGCCCGUGCAGGUCCAGCCAGAGCUUUGGGACCACGCAGCUCCGACAGUCCUCUAUGACCACCAGCAUGCCAAGCACACAGCCCUCUUUGCUGCUGGUUACCAGUUCAGCCUCAGGCCCAGCUCUCCGUACCUUGGACCUGUGCUCCAGCCAGCCCUGCCCCGUCGUCUGCUGCUCCAUUCCCACCUCCAGUCCUGUUGCGGAUCCUAGCCUUGGCCCCACAGCUACCCCUGCUCCAAGCCCCAGCCCCAGCCCCAGCCCCAACCACUCAGGCCCCAGCCAGAUGGCCCCGCUGCCAGUCACCAACAUCAGAGCCAAAUCCUGGGGCAUUUCUGCUAAUGGCAUCGGCUAUUCCAAGCACUCCAAAAGCCUGGACCCUCUAGCCAGUCCUGUGGUCCCCUUUCCUGGCGGGCAGAGCAAGGGCAAGAACAUCCCCAGCUUCGGUCUCCACAGUCGUGCCCGCAGAGGAGCCCCUCAACCUAGCCCAAGUCCUGCCCCACUUGCUCAGACCCAGGGCCAGCUAGCCUCUCUUCUCACGGACCCAGUGCCAUCCCUGACCUCCAUCCAGCUGCUGGAGAACUCCAUGCCUAUUACUUCCCAGUAUUGUGUGCCAGAGGAUGCCUGCAGGCUUGGAAACUUCACCUACCACAUCCCUGUCAGCAGCAGCACCCCACUGCACCUCAGCCUGACCCUACAGAUGAAUUCCUCUGCCCCUGUGUCUGUGGUGUUGUGUAGCCUGACGUCAAAGGAGGAGCCCUGUGAGGAGGGGGGCUUUUUGCAGAGGCUUCACCCCCAUCAGGACACCCAGGGCACCUCUCAUCAGUGGCCAGUAACCAUCCUGUCCUUCCGUGAAUUCACAUACCACUUCCGGGUGGCAUUGCUGGGCCAGGCCAACUGCAGCUCAGAGGCUGUCAUCCAGCCGGCCACAGACUACUACUUCCACUUCUACCGCCUGUGUGACUGAGCUGUCUCCCGGGGCAGUGCCAUGGCCAGGAUCGGUUCCCCGGGCCCUCAACACUGGAUGCAAAUGUGUUACACUGGAACUUGCUGCAGGCCAGCUCUCUGCUCUUCACUGCCUCCCCUUGAUGGGGGAGACUGGAAAUCUUCACACUGGAGCUGCUGGGCAAGCUGGUCACCCUCACACAGCAUAGAGGGGGCUAGAGUGACCAGCAUCUGGGGCCUUCCUCCUGGCCACCUCCUUGGGGCAGCACAGGACCAAUUCAUGGCUGUCUAGAUAUGGUUGCUGGAGGGCUGGAUGUAGAGGCCCUGUAGGCACGGGGAAGAAGCUGCGGCCCUGACUGGUCCACUCCCACUCUCCUUGCCUUUCCUUAUGAGCUGUGGUGGAGAGAAGGCCCAUGGGGGUUGGACCCAGACCUGUAACACCUAGCUGGAUCCCAUGAGUCCAUGGAGAGCUGAUAACUCUCACCCUUUAUGCUGUUCCCAGGAGGGACAGCUUGGUAGUAGACUUUCUGGGGUUUGACUGUUACACUAGACCUGGAUUUCUAAGCUUUAAUGUGGUUGGUUCAGCAGAGUUCUCCCUGGGAGAGAUUAGCUCUUAAGAAUCCCUGAGGCAGUCAGGGCCAGCCCUGGAUGGCUGGAGAAGCUGACCUUAUGCCUUAAGUCGACUGGUGCCUGAUGGAGCCGCCCCCACAGACCUGAACCAGUGGGGCCCAUAGGUCAGGUAAGCCUUGGACCCCUGAACUUGGAGUAUUCUAGAAGGGGAGGUGCCCUCAUGAGCUCCCAAGAUCUGUGUUCCUGGGAGUUGCCCAAGCUCAUGAUGGAGUUAGUAACACGAUCAUUCUCUGAGCAGAGGGGCAGGAACCCCUGCAAGCAGUAGGCUGGUUUCCGCCGGAAGGUGGAUGCAGAUAACUUUUAUUAAUGAUGUAAUUACUAAAUGCACUUAAACCAGGGCAGCAAGGAGGAGGAAGGAGCUGGAAAGCUGAGUGGGCCUCAGCUUGGAGGGACACUAGUAGACAGGAAAACCCCGGCCCCCCCAGAUCAAAGUUCCUCUCUCCAGGCUUGGAUCCAUGCUCGGUGGGCCCCAUCUCCGCCUCUUCCACCCCCAGGAGAGGAGUGGUGGUCUGGGUUAAAAGAUUUUACUCAAGUGACAGCUUCAGCAUUUCUCAGCAGCACCUGCAGCAUUCCGGGGUCCCAUGCAGCUCCUGGAAGGAGUACUGCAGUCAUUCGGCCACGUGUCAUGGGGGUCAGCAAUGGGAAGGGAACGGCUCCUACCUUGUGGUAUUCUGGCCCUGUGGACACCUGGCCUUGCCUUUUCCAACCUCCCAUUCUCAGCUCUAAAUGGGAGGCCUUUCCAUAGGGGAGCUGAGUCCGAGAAGCCUUUGAACUGUGGGUCCUGCCGUGGAUCUCAAAGCACUUAUCCUCAGGACAGGGAAACAGCAGGGACACCUUGCCCCGAAGCGUUCUCCCCGACUUGGCUCCAUUCCUUCAUUCUACCAUAGGAAUCAUGGUUCCGCACAAGGGGCCAUGCCUGCCUUAAACCACUUUGUUCUGCCCUUCCACAGGGUAGCUCUUCCUGCAGUGCCUUAAGACUGUCCAGCCCCACUGCUUUCAGUAGCAUGCUGGAGCCCCUCACCAGAGGGGGGAGUGUUCUUGGACUGUGGCCCCUCAGUCCUUACUGGAAAGUGACCCUCCACUACCCCCUGGAGUCCAUCUGGACACAGCCAGCCUAGGCCCAUUGGCAGCUGCCUGUUUGCACACCUGGGGAGGGGUCCUCAGUGUGAGUUGGGGCCAAACUUGGGCUCCAAGCUGCUUGAGAGGGUCAACCUUGGACCAAAGUCGCCUUAAGCCCCAAGUAUAAAAGGGUUUGGGGAAGGUAAAAGGGCCACAGGUUGGAAGCUGACAGCCUGGCUGGUCCUCCCUUUCUCUCUCCCUUCUGGUGUGUUCCUAUAGCCACUGGGCUAAUCUCCCCCUUGCUUUAAGCUGUAUAUAGGGUCCCCCAGGACAGACCCCUGCCCAUGAUGUACCCCUUAGUGGCCUGUGUGUUCAUAGUGUCUCCCUUGCCGUUAACUCCCCAUCUUCUCCCUGAGCUCUGACUCCUAUUUAUCAUGUACUCACUCUGACUCUGAGGAAUGCAGAGGGAAGCCACUGGGCCUACUUGCUUCCUGUCCCGAAACCGCCUUUUCUUCUGAAGUAAAUAUACAUAUAUAAAUAAAUGUAUAAAUACUGCUUUGUAUCUGAA